UCCCCAAACCUUUCCCCUUCUCUCUCUCUCUCUCUCUCUCUCUCCUCCAUUCAGAUCCGCAUCACACAGCGCCCGCCGAUCGAAGAAGCCAAGCAGCCAGCCCGAACACAGCUACGCGAGCCACCGCACCGAUCCCACCGCCCGAGGCCCGAUCCAGCGCCACCACCGCCGGCCAGGGCUCGCCCUCGCCCCGCCCGGCAUGGCCUCCUCCACCGCGUCGUGGUCGCGCUACGGCGCCGUCCCCACUUCUGCCCCGCCUCCGCCGGCCGGGCCGGAGGACCUCGCGGUGGCGGACGGCGAGGCGGCGGCGCCGUCAUCGUCUUCACCGGCGACUGCGGCGGAGGCCGGGGUCGCCUUCUUCUCCCGCGCGCGGGCGUACGCGGGCGCCGCGGCGGGGCGGCCGCGCGCGUGGCGGGAGGUGCUGGACCCGACGGCGUUCUCGCGCCCCGACAGCUGCUGGGAGGCCCGGGCGCGGGCGCGCCGGAACCUCGCCUACUUCCGCGCCAACUACGCGCUGGCGGCGCUCGUGCUCGUCUUCCUCGGCCUCGUCUACCGCCCCGUGUCCAUGCUCGUGUUCCUGGCGCUCUUCGUCGCCUGGCUGGGCCUCUACUUCGGCCGCGGCGAGGGGGAGCCGCUCGUCUGCCUCCGCCGCGAGGUGGACGACCGCGUCGUGCUGGUCGUGCUCUCGGCCGCCACGGUGCUCGCCGUCGCGCUCACCCGCGCCGGGCUCAACCUCCUCGUCUCGCUCGUCGUCGCCGCCGCCGUCAUCGGCUUGCACGCCGCGUUCAGGGUGAACUACUACCUCGACGAGAGGGACGCGUUCGAUGUCGCUGGCACCUCGUUCACGGAUAGUGGAUACGGCUACACGCUCCCGAGAUGAUGAUAGAGGCGGGCAAUUCGGCUGAUGAGAUUGUUGAUUGUGUCCUUGAGGCAGGGGGAUUCUUGGUGGUUCUGAACUUCUGAUCCAUCCGUGGGAUUUUGCAAGGUGUUCUUGUAAGCUGUAAUGUUCUUACUAUUCUUGCAGCGUGUUCUUAACUUGAUUUGUAGUUUACAUGCUGUGUAUAGCCAUUUUCGUGUUCCUUUUGAUUUCGCAAUAGCAUUGUGUAAUUUGAGUGCAAUUCUGAGGUGAUUGGGAUUUGGGAUGAUUUAAAGAUGUUUUGUAGAAAGACUAGUUGUAAAGCAUCCCUGCUCAUGCAGGUAAAGUGGUAAACUGUUAA